AUGGACACCUAUACCUUUGCAACAUCUGCCCAGGUGGAUUUACCGAUCCAUCUAAAGAUAUGCAGCUUGGAAGGAAAACAGAAAUCGGUACCCUUCUCCGUCUUGAUCAAGAAUCCUGACCUUCGACAUCUCGGGUCGAACCAGAGCCCUAUUUCCGACCUGUACAUCACCGUGCAGCUAUGGGCGAGCUCGAAACCUCUAGGCAUGCCGGUCCAGACGGCAUACAAAGCGUUCAAAACGAGCCGUACAUGGAAUGAAUGGCUUACAGUUCCAGUAUCGAUUAAAGAUGCACCCAUCAAUAGCCAGCUAGCCAUCACAGUUUGGGAUCUGUCACCUCUGUGUGGGAACGAUGCUUAUGGUCAUUCUGUUCCCUUCGGAGGGACUACUGUAUCAUUGUUCGAUGAAGACGGUACUCUAAAAAAAGGGAGACAGAAGUGUAAAAUCUAUAGACACAAGGCGGCAGAUGGACUUUCGAAUACCACGACACCUUCCACACCGGUACAAAAACGGCGCCUAUUUCCACAUAUAGACCAUGGCCUUACCCCGGAAGAAGAGGAGUUGGAGCGUUUGGAAAAGCUCUUAAAAAAACAUGAAAUGGGCGAGAUCCCCCGAGUUGACUGGCUGGAUCAACUUGUAUUUCGGGCGGCGGAGAAGAAAAAAUUAGAGGCCGAGGAAUCUGCAAGAAAGAAUGCAAUACGGAACAACGCUGCUAGGGAAAAGGCCCGAACCAAGUCAAAUCGCGAGGCAAACAACCUCGAUGAUGACGAAACAGAUGAUAUAAAUAAUAAUGAAGAGAACUUCGUCCUCUACAUCGAAUUUCCACGUUUUGAUUUUCCCAUUGUUUUCGAAGACUUUGAAUACCCUCGUCCACCGAUAUCCUCUUAUUCUCAGCAACCUAUGUCGGGAUCUAACUCUACCCUCAAGCCCCCUCCGGAAGUCUGUUUAGGCCCCGAUAUAGAUGGCGCGGGGAAUGAAGAUGAUAUCCAUCGAAUAAUUCGAAUAUAUGACCCUGAGGUCGGCCAGAAAGGAAACCCUUGCGAGGACAAACAUCGAAGACUGGUUCGUAGUCAUCGAACGGGCAUUAUGGAUCGCGACCUCAAGCCAAAUCCGAAGAUUCGUGAUGAAUUGCAUGAUAUCAUGUUAUAUGGCCCCACAGAAGAACUCAACUCCGAGGAGAAAGACCUUGUGUGGAAGUUCAGGCACCACCUCACUCGGGACAAGAGAGCCCUGACUAAAUUUGUGAAAUCUGUGAAUUGGCAAGAUGUUAGCGAAGCCCGACAGGCUGUUGAAAUACUUCCUAAGUGGACCGAGAUUGAUGUAGACGAUGCAUUGGAACUUCUUGGGCCGACCUUUGACAACCCCGCUGUACGGGCUUACGCUGUUGACCGGUUGAGGAAAUCCGAUGAUGAGGAGCUUCUUUUAUAUCUGUUGCAACUAGUCCAGGCCUUGAAGUUCGAAACAAUACCCAAUGAGGUUUCUGAGGAUGUAACUCGAGAUUCUUCGCUGACUAGUUUCCUAAUUAGCCGAGCCGCAAAUAAUCCACUUCUUGGAUGCUAUUUUCAUUGGUACCUCAUGGUCGAGUGUGACGAUGCAGGCCCUAGCACCAUUUCCGUCCAUCGCAAACUAUUCGCUCGUGUUGAGUACUAUUUCAUGGUCGAGCUGGAGAAACAUAACCCCGAGCAGAGGAAAGUCCUGUUACGACAAGGUGAACUUAUCACAAUUCUCACUAAAAUCGCCAAGGAUAUUCGUUUCUCCAGAGUGAACCGUGCUGUCAAAAUCGAAAAGCUGAAGAAGUUUUUGACGGACCCUAAAAAUGAACUUGCCACCAUUGACCCACCUCUCCCGCUCCCCCUGGAUCCCGAAGUUCAGGUUACCGGUUGCUUCGCGGAGGGUUCCAAUGUUUUCAAGUCUUCACUCUCUCCUCUCCUAAUCAAUUUCAAACUCACCGAUGGACGAAAAUAUCCAGUAAUUUUCAAGGUCGGAGACGAUUUGCGACAAGACCAGCUGGUUAUACAAAUAAUCAGUCUGAUGGAUCGCCUCUUGCAAAAGGAAAAUUUGGACUUGAAACUCACACCCUACCGUAUCAUUGCCACAAGUGCCAAUGCCGGCGCGAUGCAAUUUAUCCCUUCAACAUCCCUAUCAGCAGCAUCCGCAAAACACAAGGGCUCAAUCCUUACAUAUCUGAAAGCGAACAAUCCAGACGACAAUGAACCGUUGGGUGUCCGCAAAGAAACCAUGGAUACUUAUAUAAAAUCAUGCGCUGGCUACUGCGUGAUCACUUACCUUUUAGGUGUUGGGGAUAGACAUCUAGACAACCUUCUUCUUGCACCCGAUGGACAUUUCUUCCAUGCCGAUUUUGGCUUUAUUUUAGGCCGUGAUCCAAAACCAUUUGCGCCCAUGAUGAAACUCUGCAAAGAAAUGGUAGAAGGUAUGGGUGGAGCGUCGUCUCCCAAUUAUAUCCAGUUCAAACAAUAUUGUUUUACGGCGUACACCACCCUGCGCAAAUCCGCAAACCUAAUCCUCAACCUCUUCAGUUUGAUGGUCGAUGCAAACAUCCCUGACAUCCGCGUCGAGCCAGAUAAGGCUGUUUUAAAAGUGAAAGAGAGAUUCCAUCUGGAGAUGAGUGAGGAGGAGGCAAUUCGCCAUUUUGAACAGCUGAUCGGCGAUAGCGUGAAUGCUAUAUUUGGAGUUGUCAUUGACCGCCUUCACGAUUUCGUUCAAGGGUGGAGGGCGUAG